AUGUGGCUCCCACAAGCUAUCCGAAUCCGGAUAGCCGAGCCAUUUCACAAGGAACAGUUGAUGUCACAAUCCACAUGGAAGUGUGCAACCUCAUCUUGGUCAACCCCCGGCAACGGAAUUCUCGGUGGUCGAACAAUCGAUAGCGGUGUCGUCGAUGCCGUUUUUGUCGGUUCUUCGCUUGCUGGUGAGGGACGCAACGAUGCGUCUGGACGAGGUCGUACCAUCCUCGGGUGUAAAUUAGAGCACGAUCGCGAAGAUGAGGUGAACGUUCACGCAGCAAUGUCUGCUCGAUGCACGGAAACCGCUCGGCUCCAAGCGGAGAACCAACGUCUUCGUGACGAAGGUUAUCAAGUUCAGAGUGCUGUGGCACAGCGUGGUUCGAGUCUUGGGUUUCACUGA